AUGGUCAGACCGGAAUUCCUAAUAGCUGAAAUCUUGUUUAGGGACAGAUCCAGGCUUCUUAUAGCGGUGGUGUAUAGACCACCUAACUCAGGCUAUCUGAAUGAAUUCUUCCAACUCUUUCUGGAGUUACAGCUUGGCUACAGGCACUCUCUUAUAUUCGGAGAUUUCAACGCUGAUAUGUGUUGCUGCACCUUUGACAGUCAGCAGGUUAGUAUUUUUGUUACAUCCUCUGGUCUAUAUCUGGUACCUUACGCCGCCACUCAUCAUCUGAGGAAUUCUUCUACCCUAUUGGAUCUGUGCAUUGCGGAUGACCCAGGCAAUAUUAAGGAAUAUGGUCAGCAUGAAGUUCCUUUUCUAUCGGCACAUGAUCUUAUUUACAUUAAAUACGGAAUCAAGCUGCAACGCAGAAAUGGCAGGCAUGUUAUUUGCAGAGAUUAUCGUGGUUUUGAUGAGACGAGAUUUUUGUCCGACAUUGAUUGUUUGAAUUGGACUGAAUUGCUUAACUCUGGAGAUAUUGAUGUGAAGAUAAGAAUCUUCAACUCCCAUCUUUUAACGUGUUAUAACAGGCAUGUACCAUUGAGGGAGCGAUAUUUUCGAAAUCUGCCUGCUCCUUGGCUGACGGAUGAGUUGCGUGAUGCCAUGCGUGAGAGGGAUUUAGCCAGAAAAGCUUGGGGUAGGAAAAGAGGAAAUCAUCACUACGAUCUUUUUCGGUGUCUACGCAACAAAAUGCAACUUCUCGUAAGAUUAAGACACCUAGGUUUAAUCAAGGCUAGAGAUGUGAGUGGGGGCCUCUCGUGCUCUGUGGAGGAGUUAAACGUGUUCUUCUCGCGUGGCCUUGUGAGAUCGGAUGGGGAGGUUUUGAGUCCGCCUUCUGCUGAGCUACGCACUAGUGGAUAUGAUGAUGUGAAGUUCUAUUGGUCAUAUGUCACGCCUCUGACUAUUAGACGUGUGCUUUCUUGUUCUAAAAGUAACGCUAUUGGUGCUGAUGAAAUUUCCUUAAAACUAAUAAGGUUUACUUUACCUUAUCUAAUGCCCAUAGUUGAGCAUUUAAUCAAUUUCUCAUUGAAUCAUGGCGUCUUUCCAAAACAGUGGAAAUCGGCGCUCAUCUGUCCGAUACCGAAGAUUAAGAAUCCGACAUCUGUUCAGCACUAUCGACCUAUCUCUAUUCUGCCGGCAAUGUCAAUGAUUUUGGAGAGAGUGGUGGGCGAACAGAUUUGCCGUUUCCUAUUGGAGUCUGAUCAAUUGGAUCCUUAUCAAUCUGCCUAUCGCAAGGACCACUCCACUCAAAUAUGCCUGAUUCGCAUGCUGGAUGAGGUGAGGCAGGCUGCGGAUCGUAGAAUGAUUACGGUGUCUGUCUUUAUUGAUUUCUCUAAGGCGUUUGACAGAAUGGAUCACUCACUCUUGAGGAAGUUGAAGAGCUUAUGCUUCUCCAAUUCUGCUCACGGAUGGAUACGUUCUUACUUGGUGGGGAGGAUGCAAGCGACUAGGAAUAGCGUGGAUGGUAGUGUUUCGUCCUGGUCAUCCAUCGGGGCCGGGGUUCCGCAAGGUUCCGUACUAAGGCCUCUGCUGUUCUUCUUUGACCUAUCGGACUUUCAGCAGGUGCUCACUCACUGCAAGUACAAUUUCUACGCGGAUGACCUUUAG